AUGACGACGAACUUCCGGGGUCUGCUUGCUAGCCUGUGGGCGGUCUUGUUCUUAGUCUUUGGCUGGGCUGAGGCAGACUUUACAAACUCGUUUGACGGCGUCGCGGCCGGGUCGACGCUCUCGUUGGCCUGGAGCGGAGUAGAUGCCCAGAGCUACCCACUGUCCAUCACCGUCCAGCUCAUCGACAAGAGCGCAGACGGCACCAAGGCGAACGCGUAUAGGGCGAACAUCACCACAAGUAUCAGCAGCGAUUCCUUCUCAUGGACAGGCAUUCCAUACCCGGUGCGCUGGAUUGAGACUGGGCUCUACCAACUCGAGCUGCGCCCAUCGACUCCAACAAGCGGCGGCGAUACCCCGUUGUUGGCAAAAUCACCUUUCUUCAAGGUGCAGAACCAGGCUGUCGAACCGGCGACGUCUUCGUCGCCCUCGCCAUCACCGGUCCCGAGCAGCGACGCGUCCGGGGUGAACAAGCCCUUGGCGAUCGGGCUCGGGGUGGCUAUCGGCCUCCCGUCGGUGGUGGCGCUCGUGGUCGUGAGCUGGUGCUUCAGGAAACGGCAGCGCAGGGCGGCCCUGGAGAAGCGGAGGUUAAUGAGGAGGGACUUCAUCAUACACUGA